CCUCACGUCAGGAAGAUGAAGUGGCUUCGGUCGGAAGAGGUCGAGUACAUCUCGUUGAUUGUGAAUGAAGACGCCGCGCAUGACUGCGUCCAGAAGCUGGGGGACCUUGGUGUCGUCGAGUUCACGGACUUGAACCCGGAGUUGACGCCGUUCCAACGCCGCUACGUCUCGUACGUCAAGCGGUGCGACGAAAUGGACCGCAAACUUCGCUUCUUCGCGGGGGAGUUGUCCAAGCUGAAGAUCACCCCCAAGAGUGCUGGCAGCAUCGAUUCCUUCUUGGCUGGCUCGGCCGACGUCCGGUAUGGAAGCCAAGACACGGCGGUGCGUGCAUUGGAUACGUUGGAGCGCAUCUUGGAAGACAAGGAGCAAGAGUUGUUGCAACUCAACAAUAUGCACGAGAAGUUGACCCGUGAAUACAACGAACGCAAGGAACUCCAGGAAAUCAUCUCCCGCGUCGGCGAGUUCUUUGAGAUCGACAUCCCCGACGUCGCACGCGGUAGCCGCGACUCCCGCGUGAGUUCGCGCACCGGCAGUUCGUUGAACUUCAGCACGACCCCCGUGGAAGCGACCUCCGAGUCGGACUUGGCCAUCCGCUUCAAGAACAUCACGGGCGUCGUGCCCGCGGACGAGCGCCUCAAGUUUGAGCGUAUGAUCUUCCGCGCCACGCGCGGCAACUGCUUGUCCCGGUUCUCCGCCAUCGACGACCUCCUCGUCGACCCCGGCACCGGCGUCGCCGUCGAAAAGCACGCGUUUGUGAUCUUCUUCCAGUCUCAGUUCAUCGAGUCCAAGCUGCGCAAGAUCUGCGAUGCGUUCCACGCUCGGUUGUACACGCUGCCUUCCAUGGACGACCGCACCGCGAUCGCCAACCUCAUCCAAAGCAACAACGCCGAACUCAACCAAAGCUCGCACAUCCUGCGCCGGAACCGCGAAAGCUGCGUGCUGCUGUGCCGCGAACUGGCCGAGCACUACGAGUCGUGGAAGUGGUCGGUGCUCCAGGAGAAGGCCACGUACCACACACUCAACACGUUCAAGGCGGACGUGAGCGGCAUGCUGCGCGGCGAGGGCUGGGUCGUCAAGUCCGCGCUGGACCAGGUGCGCCGCGAAGUCGAGCGCGCGCACUCUGCCGACGACAAGUCCAUGCCAUCCCUCGUGGACACGGUGGCCCAGCCGUGGCCAGUGCCGCCCACGCACUUUGAAACGAACAAGUUCACCCAAGUAUUUCAAUCUUUUGUCGACACGUACGGCAUCCCCCGGUACGGAGAGAUCAACCCGGCCGUGUUUACCGCUGUGACGUUUCCGUUUCUGUUUGGGGUCAUGUACGGAGACAUUGGCCACGGGUUUUGCGUGUUCUUGUUUGGGGUGUUCAUGAUUGCCACGGAAAAGAUCCUCGAACGGGGCCGCGUGGGCGAGAUGACGGCGCAGCUGUACGGCGGCCGCUACAUGAUCACGCUCAUGGGCGCAUUUGCCAUCUACGCCGGGUUUGUCUACAACGACUUUUUCUCGCUGCCGCUCAACUUGUUUGGGAGCAAGUGGAAGUACCCAGACAACUGCGCCGAGCUCGGCAAGGCGCAUAUCAAGUGCGAAGCGUACUACGACGGCGGGAAUGCUUCAUCGUCGCUCGUGCACGUCCAGAGCGGCCGCAACGUGUACGGGUUUGGGCUUGACCCGAUCUGGAAAACGUCCGAGAACGAGCUCCUGUUCUUCAACUCGUUCAAGAUGAAGCUCAGUGUGAUCCUCGGCAUCACGCAGAUGGGGUUUGGCAUAUUGCUCAAGGGCUGGAACACGCUGUAUUUCAAGGAUUACGCGCUCUUCUUGCUGGACUUUGUGCCCCAGUUUGUGUUUGCCGCAUCCUUGUUCUUCUACAUGAUCGUGCUGAUCGUGAUGAAGUGGCUCAUCAACUGGGCCGAGCGCAUGGGCCACGAAGUGUGCCCGUUCGACUUUGAAGGUCCGCACACUGGCUGCCGCCCCCCCGCGCUUAUCAACACGCUUAUCAACAUUGCGCUCCAGCCAGGCAAUGUGGCCGACCCGAUGUACGCCGGCCAGAAGAAGACGCAGAACUUUCUCUUGCUCCUGGCGAUGCUGUCGGUACCAGUCAUGCUACUCGGCCAUCCGCUCUACUUAAAGUGGGUCCAUGGCAAAGCUGCCGGCGUCCCCGAAAUCGCCCACCAAGUAGACUUUGAACAGCUCGAAGAAACAGACGACGACCAUGCGAAACUCGCGCCACCCGCGGCGGCGUCGCAUGGAGGAGGACAUGGAGGACAUGGUGAAGAGUUUGACUUUUCCGAAGUGUUUAUCCACCAAGCGAUUGAAACGAUCGAGUUUGUGCUCGGCAUGGUCUCCAACACGGCGUCGUACCUUCGUCUGUGGGCGUUGAGCUUGGCGCAUUCAGAGCUGUCGACGGUAUUCUUCGAGAAGGCGAUGCUGUCGGCGAUCAACAUGGACUCGUUCGUGGCCAUCUUCAUCGGGUUCACGCUGUUCGCGGCCACGACGUUUAGCGUGAUCUUGUGCAUGGACGUGCUCGAGUGCUUUUUGCAUGCGCUGCGUCUGCACUGGGUCGAGUUCCAGAGCAAGUUUUACAAGGCCGACGGACGCAAGUUUCACCCGUUCAACUUCAAGGAAAUGAUCCGCGCUACGCAGUUUGAAGCCGUCGACUAAGCCAUGUGUGCAUAUCAUCAUCCCACGACAUGGCGGAACAAGAUUGCGUUUGCGGUUGUGUGGAUGCUUUUGCAUAUUCAACGCUAAAAUGCACGUAAUGAAAGAUAUCCAUUUUUCACUGCGAAAAUGCAA